GCGCGUGACGUGACGUGACGGCUAACAGACUUAUGUUUUGAUCUGGUGGCAUGACGUCAUGAGGCUGCGCCGCGCUCCUGCGUCUGUGUUUCAGCUGAAGACAGGACAAAGUAUUCAAACACAGAAAAACUCCUGCUGACGCGACUGAGAUCCACGUGACACACGAUUAUAAAGAUGGCGUUUAUUAAAGAGGAGAGUGAAGACAUGAAAACUAAAGAAACAUUUAGAGACAAACAUGAAGAUACUGAGGAACAAACAGACCUGAUGGCACUGAAAGAGAAGAGUGAAGUACUGAAUGAAAUGGAAGAGAAAGAUGAUGAUUUCAUAAAUGGAGAAACAUCUUUUAGUUGUUCAGAGACUGAAAAGACUUCCUCAAGAAAAAGGGCUCAAAAGACAGGAAGUUAUUUCACCUGCCAACAGUAUGGAAAGGGUUUCAGUCAAACAGAAAGUAUUAAAAGACACACAAAUAUUCAAACAGGAGAGAAGCUAUACACGUGCCAACAGUGUGGAAGGAGUUUUACUCAACCUAGAUACCUUGGAGUCCACAUGAGAGUUCACACAGGAGAGAAGCCUUAUACCUGCCAACACUGUGGAAAGCAUUUCGGUCAUGGAGUAAGUCUUAAAAGACACAUUAGAAUUCACACUGGAGAGAAGCCAUACACGUGCCAACAGUGUGGAAGGAGUUUCACUCAACCUGGUCAACUUGGAGCCCACAUGAGUGUUCACACUGGAGAGAAGCCUUACAAAUGCAAACAGUGUGGAAGAAGUUUCAACUUGAAAGGAAAUCUUAAUUGCCACAUGAGAAUUCACUAUGGAGAGCAGCCCACAUAUGAUCAGUGUGGAAAGAGUUCUGAUCAACAUGAUAUCCUUGAAGUCCACAUGAGAACUCGUAGAGAGAAACCCUACAUAUGCCCUGAGUGUGGAAAGUGGUUUAAUCAUAAACGACGCUUUGAAGACCACAUAAGAACUCACACUGGAGAGAAGCCUUUCACCUGCCAAGAAUGUGGAAAAUGUUUCCUCCAAAAAGGAAACCUUAACAGGCACAUGACAGUUCACACUGGAGAGAAGCCGUUUAUAUGUGAUCGCUGCGGAAAGAGUUACAGAUAUAGAGCAGGACUUACGUACCACAUGAGGUCUCACAUAUGAGUGAACUGUAUUUUUAAGUUUUCAUGAGUCAUGUAAUAAAACCAGAGAGAAGCCUUGUCAUUGUAACCCCUUUCGCUGGGUCCUCGACACCACACCUCGUUCUUGUUCAGAGUGGGUCUCGAACCCGGGUCCAGGGUCUAACAAAUCACUUCUGUUCCCAUUUUUUCAAGAGGAGGGUUUUUUUUUUGAUGUUCUAUUUACUCUAUUUUAUUUUAUGCUGUAAAGCCCAUUGGUCAGCUGCUGCUGUUGUAAAUGGUGCUAUAUAUAUAAAACUUGAUCUUGAAAACUAAAUGCAUGGGAUCUUUCAGAUCCUUCAUUCAAAUAAAUAAAAUAUGUCAUGUCAUCUUCCA